AUGGGCCUCGUCCGCAUCUCGAUCACCCUUCUACUCGUGGCGCAAUGCCUUGUCGUGGCUAGCCCGGGAAUUGAGUCACGACAAGCGGCCGUGAAUCGAGCAAUCGAGCAGACGAAACGCCGCCAAUCUGCCCCACCAGCCACACAGAAUACACGAGCGUCCACGAGGAAUACAGCUGGCGGCCGAUCGGAGACAGUGGAUGUGGAGCGUUUGAAUUCUUUGUUGAGAACGCUCGACAAAACGUGGGUUUUGCCGAGAGUCGGCGCUAAAGAGCCCGUGGGAAGCAAUUUUCAGUACAAGAAAACUUGCGCCUCGAUCUACAAGGCUCGUCAUGGCGCGUGUCAACAACUCGGCUUCGGCACAAUGUGCUUCAACUAUUGUAACGAGAGAGGCGAGAAAUUGGUCUUCAAGUGUCAGGACACUUCAGAGGCCUCCUAUUGUCGUCAAUCGGCUACUUUUGACAUUUUCAUCGCCAAGUAUCGAAAAGAUGCCUACAAAGCGAAAGCCUACGUUCAUCAGAUGAUCUCUCGGUGCUUCGCGACAGCUAUUUGCAACACGCAAACGGGUAUCCUCAACUCGACCCUCAUCGAAGAGGACUUUCAACCAGAAACCACAACAAAGGUUCCCCGUUUGAGGAUCACAAAGCCGGCUGGUGGUUUCGUGCUGCCGGGAAAAUCUGGCCGAAACAAGCCAAAAGAGGAAGAGAUCUCAUACCCAGGACGACCGGUGAAACAAAGAAAAUACAAGCCAACAACCACAAUUGCUCUACCCGAACCAGAGUUUCCCGUUGAGGAAGUCGAAGAGGAACCACAAGAGGAAAUCGUUCAGGUGGUGGAAACAGUUGCAACAACGCGUUUACCCGCUCGACGAACUACCACGCAAAAGGCGAACAUUUGGGACAAAUUCACGUUGAGCGCCAAGGGGAAAGCGACCCCGAAAUACAUUCCCUUCUGGCAGAAACUCCUCACAACACCGUCGCCAACAAGGACGAGAGUUGAGGAGAGCGCCGAGGUGGCCAAUGAGGAAGAGCCACAGAAUGUCACCGAACCCGAGUUACCAGUGGAAGAAGUGGAGAAGACGACGAAAUUCGUGACUCAAGCUGAAAAGGAGCGAACAACACAGGCACCAAUUGUGGAGAAAAUUGUCGACCCUUCAACUGAGGCGCCGGCUGAGGAGGAAAUUGAGGAAGAGACGACAAUCACACAAAAGAUCGCUACAACAACAACAACAUCACGACCGCCAAAGCAACGAGGCACAACGAGGUCUCGUCACACUUUCAAGCCGCUUCCCGUCACUCCACAAGGGCCCGAUCUCGCAUUUAUGAAACCGGGAGAUCCAAACAGUGCAGAACAAUUACCUGGCUUCUGGAACAAAUUUCAGCCUGGAAGAUGGUAUCAAUCAAUUCACUAUUUGACGAACACCGGACGG